GCUAGCUCAUAUCCUUGACAGAGACUGUGUUAAUAUAAGAGCAAGGCUCUUGGAGCGUGGGCUAGUCUGCAGGAAUUUUCCCUCACAAGGUGACUCGUUGGUUUUGUUCUCCCUUCCCUGAGGGCCAUGUUAUCCAGGAGUGGCUUGCGUUUGCCAGCUUUAGCCAAUCCCAGCAGCCUGUGGAUCCUCUCCCCUACCAAGGAUGGCCAGGUCCCUGGCUACCGCAGGGUUUACACAGCUGCUGGCGAGGUGUACCCUCCUUCCCUCCAAGGGAAGGUGGCCCGGUCCUUCAGCGAGCUCCCAGGCAACUGGAGAACAGGCUGGCUUAACCUCUUUCACUUCUGGCAGGAGGGUGGCUUCCACAACGUCCACAACAUCAUGAUCCACAAGUUCCAGACGUUUGGACCCAUUUACAGGGAGAAACUCGGCCUCUACCAGAGUGUGAAUAUCAUUAACCCUGAAGAUGCUGCUACUCUCUUUAAAUCAGAGGGCAACUAUCCAGAGAGGUUCAUGGUGCCACCUUGGGUGGCCUACCGUGACUUCCGCAACAAGCCAUAUGGAGUGCUUCUCAAGAAGGGAGAGGCCUGGCGCUCCGACCGCCUCAUUCUGAAUAAAGAGGUCCUGUCCCUGCAGGUGAUUGACUGCUUUGUGCCCCUGUUGAAUGAGGUGGGCGAGGACUUUGUCAAGAGGGUCCGAGUCCAGAUCGAGAAGAGUGGCCGGGGGAGGUGGACGGCCGACCUCACCAAUGAGCUAUUCCGCUUCGCCCUGGAGUCCGUGUGCAACGUCCUGUAUGGAGCACGCCUCGGGCUCCUGCAGGAUUUAAUUGACCCCGAGGCACAGAAGUUCAUCGAUGCCGUGACCCUGAUGUUCCACACCACCUCACCCAUGCUCUACAUCCCACCCAGCCUGCUCUGCAGGAUCAACUCUAAGACCUGGCGGAACCAUGUGGAGUCCUGGGAUGUGAUUUUCAGGCAUGCUGACAAGUGCAUUCAGAACAUCUACCGAGAGCUUCGGCUGGACCGGAAAAGCACCAAGGAAUAUACUGGGAUCCUGUCCAGCCUCUUAGUACAGGACAAACUGCCCAUCGAUGACAUCAAGGCCAACGUGACAGAGAUGAUGGCGGGCGGGGUGGACACAACCUCCAUGACCCUCCAGUGGGCCAUGUUCGAACUGGCUCGCACUCCAGUGGUGCAGGAGCAGCUGCGGGAGGAGAUCUUUGCGGCCAGACAGGCAGCACAGGGCGAUAUGCUGAAGAUGUUGAAAGCCAUCCGGCUGCUCAAAGCUGUCAUCAAGGAAACGCUCAGGCUCCAUCCAGUGGCAGUGACCCUACAGAGAUACACAACACAGGAGAUUAUUCUCCAGGACUAUUUCAUCCCUGCCAAGACUCUAGUGCAGGUUGGAAUUUACGCUAUGGGCCGUGAUCCCAAGUUCUUCACCAAGCCAGAGCUGUUCGACCCGGCAAGAUGGCUGAAAAUGGACUCUACAUACUUCAGGGGGCUGGGCUUUGGCUUUGGGCCACGUCAGUGCCUCGGUCGCAGGAUUGCUGAGCUGGAGAUGCAGCUCUUCCUGAUCCAUAUGCUGGAGAACUUCAAGAUAGAAACCAAGAGAGGAGUGGACAUUGGUACCAAGUUUGACCUCAUCCUGAUCCCAGACAAACCAAUAUGCCUUACGUUACGGACCCUGGACUCCCAGCCAUGAAUGGAACAGAAGCUACCGCUCCCCACUGAUUCUGUGACAAGGCCGGGCCAAUGGGUGAUGGAGCCAACGUCAACUCAUCUUGAGCCAGCUGAAGAGCUGUCAUCUGUGUUUGGGACAAUCUGUACAUAUGAUUUAUGUCCUUGUGGAACUUUGUCUCUAGACAUAAAAAUUAGACUCUAGUAAGGAGAAACGAAUGGGGGCUGGGGUGGGUGUGAUGGGAUUCCCCGGGGUGCAACCUGGAAGUGGGGUACCACUGAGCCCUCUGACCUGUCAGCCUGGACUCCCUCUCACACUUUGAUGCCAUGACAACCUCUGGCAGGUACUGCACUUACACAGGCAUCCACAAGCAGGGACACACCCAGUUGAGUUACAUGAAUGCUUCUCCAAGCCACUCAUGAACUAAUAGAGAGACUCCAGCCAAGUCCCCCCAGCUUCCCAGCCGUACACCCCAGAGUUGUACCAUCUUGUCCUGGUUAGAAGCCUGACCAGUGUAAAUUUAUUACCUGAUCCACCCCUCCCUCAAUGUGGAGAGGAUAUAACACAAGCCUUUGUAACUGAGUUGAGAUUGCCUAAGCACUUCAAGCAAACUACACCGUUUUAAGUAAAGUGUAAAACAGAUUUAUUAGCUACAGAAAGAUAGAUUUUAAGUGGUAGGCAUAAAGCUCAGAGAAAGUUAUCAAAGAAAAUAAAAGAUUAAAUGCACAA